CCCCGGUGCGAUGAGGUUGAUCAAUGAAUCGGUUGCAGGUGGCCGAGCCGCUGACUCCGAUGGACGGCGUGAAGAAGGAAGCAGGCGACGGCGCUCAGAUGGAGGAAAGGCUGCAGCGGCUGGAGGCGGCCCGCAUUGCCGAGGAGAUGGCCCGGCAGGCGGCGGCGGAGGCGGUCCGGCAGCUGGAGGUGGAGCGGUCGGCCAAGAUCGUCAUAGAAACGCUGCCGGAGUCCAACGACCAGCUGCCCAACAUCCUGGAGGAGGAGAACGAGGACGAACCGGAGUGUCUGGUGGACAUCUGUCCAGUUGAAGACGAUCCUGAAGCUGCAGCUGAAGAGAAGCAGGUGGAGGCUCUGGCCCCGCCCACUGCACCUGAGCCAGCAGACCUGGUGACUCCUUCGUCCACCGAUGUGGAGCCGGCAUCAGAGAGGAGAGAUCUGGAGAGUCCCAUAACCCAACAACCAGAACUGCACCUCGAAGAGGCCUCUGGCCACCCUGCAGAGCAGAGUGAAGCAACAGCAGGAGAAGCAGGAGGAUCUGGAGGUAGCUGCAGGAACGCUGACGCUCCCGAUCCGAACGAGCUGCACGGACUCAACCUGAGCAUCCCGCAGAUAAUCACGACCCCGGAACCGGAGCCCCGUGCGCUGAUGGUGCCUCRGCUCAGAGCUGACCCGGCCGCAGGCGAGGAGGACGAGGAGCUGCUGAAGGCCCGGUCCAGUCAGGGAGACCACGAGAUGCGGCCGCCGUCCGCUGCCAGCGUGGCCAGCGUCACGGUCCAGGACCGCCUCAACCAGCUGGUCGGGCUCUUCAAGGGCCGGACGGAGCGGCACAAAGACCGCCUGGCGGAUCCCGACGAGUCCGAGGAGGAGAGCCCCACUGCCUCUCCUGCCAAAGCUCCACCGGCUCCACCGCCGCCGCCGCCUGGAGAGGAGAAGAAGGACGAACCGGAACCACCGCAGGAGGCGAGUCUGUUCCAGUUGGAGCUGCUGGGACAUCCGGUCCAGCUGCCCAAGCUUCCCCCGAUGCCCGACUGGCUGCGGUCCAUCCUGGAGUACCGCUUCCCGUCCAGCAUCGAUCCAUUCACUGACCUCAUCUAUGUGAUCUGGCUGUUCUUCGUGGUGGCGGCCUGGAACUGGAACGUGUGGCUGAUCCCGGUGCGCUGGGCGUUCCCCUACCAGACGCCGGACAACAUCCACCUGUGGCUGCUGGCCGACUACACCUGUGACUUCAUCUACAUCGCAGACAUCCUGGUCUUCCAGCCGCGGCUGCAGUUCGUUCGCGGCGGAGACAUCGUGUGUGACAAGAAGGACAUGAGGGAGAAUUACAUGACCACCGAGCGGUUCAAGAUGGACGUCAUCAGCCUGUUYCCCAUGGAGGUAUUUUACUACUUCACAGGCGUGAACUCCCUGCUGCGCUUCCCCCGCCUGCUGAAGUACAUGGUGUUCUUCGAGUUCAACGACCGGAUGGAGGCCGUGAUGAAGAAGGCCUACAUCUACAGGGUGAUCCGGACCUCCACCUACCUGCUCUACUCGCUGCACAUCAACGCCUGUCUCUUCUACUGGGGCUCCGACUACGAGGGUCUGGGAUCCACCAAGUGGGUCUACAACGGGAAAGGCAACGCUUACAUCCGAUGUUACUACUUUGCUGUGAAGACGCUGAUCACCAUCGGAGGACUGCCGGACCCCACCACCGUCUUUGAGAUCUGCUUCCAGCUUAUCAACUACUUUGUGGGUGUGUUUGCGUUCUCCAUCAUGAUCGGUCAGAUGAGGGAUGUGGUGGGAGCAGCGACCGCAGGAGAGAACUAUUACCGGGCCUGCAUGGACAGCACCGUCAAGUACAUGAACUCCUACAGCAUUCCCCGGGAAGUCCAGAACCGGAUCAAGACUUGGUACGACUACACCUGGAAGAGCCAGGGCAUGCUGGAUGAACAGGAACUCCUGAUUCAACUUCCUGCUAAGAUGAGGCUGGACAUCGCCGUGGACGUCAACUACUCCAUCGUCAGCAAAGUGGCUUUGUUUCAGGGCUGCGACAGGCAGAUGGUGUUCGACCUGCUGACCAGGCUGAAGUCUGUCGUCUAUCUGCCGGGAGACUUUGUGUGUAAAAAGGGGGAGAUUGGACGGGAGAUGUACAUCAUCAAGCAGGGGGAGGUCCAGGUGGUGGGCGGGCCGGACCUGGAGACCGUGUUCGUCACCAUCAGAGCCGGUUCCGUGUUCGGAGAGAUCAGCCUGCUGGCGGGGGGCGGAGGGAACCGGCGCACCGCCAACGUGAAGGCGCACGGCUUCGCCAACCUGUUCAUCCUGGACAAGAAGGACCUGGCAGAGAUCCUGGUCCACUACCCCGAGUCCCAGAAGCUGCUGCGCAAGAAGGCCAAGACGAUGCUGACCAAAGACAAGAAGCCGGAGGAGAAGGAGACGCGCAAGGAGGCGGCCGAGGUCAUCCCCCCCCGACCCGACACCCCCAAACUGUUCAAGGCCGCCCUGAAGGUCACGGAGCGCGCCGGCAUCGAGGGAACAUUCGCCAAGAUGAAGAAGGUUUACCAACCGGCUGAGGGCCCAACGGAGGCUCCGCCCCCCAUCUCUCCGGUGCCUCCCCCUUCUCCGAUGCACCGCCGCUCUCCGGUYCCGCGCUCGGCUCCGGAGGACAGGGACGAGUCGGUGGCAGAGACGGCGGACAGCUCCGUCAUCAUCAGGAUGACGCCGCGGCAGGAAGGGGAGGAGCUUCUGACGGUGGAGGUGUUGGAGGAAGGAGCAAAGAGGGAGGAGGAGGGAUGAGGAAGCUGCAGUACCGCCUUCGGCCACAUGGGUAGCUGACCGGCCUCAGAGGKGGCGCUGUUUCCCCAGGAGAGGAAACAUCAAAAGAACAGACUCAGUUUCCCAGAGUUCAUAGCUUUUGUCCUGCAGUCUGCCUCUGAACUGAAGCUUUUAGAUGCAGUCUGGYGUUUAUUAGAGAGGAUGAGGAGCGGACGAUGAAGAGCAGGUUGUUUCUGAAUCAAUGAAGAUGGGCUGAAAGAUCUGCGGCUCCAACACAAUCAUCCUAAAAAUGUUUUCUAGUUUUAUUUUGCUCAGAAAUAUAUUUUUAAAAUGUGUCUGACUCUCUGAGGGUGUACUUACUUACUAUAAUUAACUCAGUSAACGGCCUGCUGACAGGAGCAGACGAGCUGCAAACACACAAAAUGAACUCCCAAACCAAAAAAACUAAACGCUGCAACCAGGGGAAUGAGAAGCACAAUGGAGAAUUCUGCUGAAUGUAAAAACAGAAGCAAAAAUAAAAAAAUCUGCAGCCUGGUUCCACCAAACGGAGUCCUCCAGACCACUAGGGGGAGUCACAUGGUAACUCACCCUGUCACAGGAUGAACAUUGGAUGAAGAAAGAAACAGGCGCGCUAUACUUCACGUCAUGUACAACAGCAGCAUAUCCACAUAGGCGAUAUURCCGACUGCAGACUCCCCCUGGUGGUCUGGAUGACCUCUGCUCUGUGUCGUGAUACUUCCUGUUUUUUGCUAUUUAUGGCGUUUCCUCUUUGCAUAAAUUUUCUGCAUUUACUACA